GGGAAGGGGGCGGCCGCGGGGCCCGCCUAUGAAGGACUCCCGGCCGGGCGGCUCGGCGAGACCCGCGGCGAUGGAGGGCGGCGGGCCGGGCGCGGCCUCGGCGCUGGAGAAGAGCGUGGCCGAGCUGACCGUGAUGGACGUGUACGACAUGGCCUCGCUGGUGGGCCAGGAGUUCGAGCGGCUGAUCGAGCAGCACGGCUGCGAGGCGGUCGGCCGCCUGCUGCCCCAGGUGGUGCGCGUGCUGGAGAUCCUGGAGGUGCUGGUCGGCCGCAGCCACGGCGGCCCCGAGGUGGAGGAGCUGCGCCUGGAGCUGGACCGCCUGCGCCUGGAGCGCGCCGACCGGCUGGAGAAGGAGCGGAAGCACCAGAAGGAGCUUGAGCUGGUGGAGGACGUUUGGCGAGGGGAGGCCCAAGAUCUUCUCACCCAGAUUGCCCAGUUGCAAGAGGAGAACAAGCAGCUGAUGACGAACCUCGCCAACAAAGAUGUGAAUUUCUCGGAGGAAGAAUUCCAGAAACACGAAGGAAUGUCAGAAAGAGAGAGGCAAGUGAUGAAAAAGCUGAAGGAAGUGGUAGAUAAGCAACGGGAUGAAAUCCGAGCGAAGGACAGGGAACUGGGGCUUAAAAACGAAGAUGUAGAAGCACUGCAGCAGCAGCAAAACAGGUUGAUGAAGAUAAACCACGACCUGCGUCACCGCGUUACCGUCGUGGAAGCUCAGGGGAAGGCGUUGAUUGAGCAGAAAGUCGAGCUGGAAGCCUAUUUGCAGACCAAAGAGCAGGAGAUGGCGGUGCUGAGAGCUGAGCUGGGAAAACUGAGGGAGAAACUGCAAGGGGGAUUGAGUCAAAAUGGAGGAGAAACACAGCCAGAAGAACCCAAUGCAGAGGAGAUCAUCUCCGAGUCGGAGAAGACCGCCAUGGAUCUGAAAGACCCCAAUCGGCCCCGAUUCACCUUGCAGGAGCUCCGAGAUGUUUUGCACGAGAGAAACGACCUGAAGUCCAAAGUUUUCCUGCUUCAGGAAGAGCUUCUGUAUUAUAAGAGUGACGAAUUGGAUGAAGAAAGACCGGCUCAAUCCCCGGCCAUCGUUAAUUCCAGACCUUUGACUCAGCAAGAAUCUGGCAUCAAACGGCUGUUUAGCUUCUUCUCCAGCGAUAAGAGACGGAUGCAGGUGACCCAGAGGAACACCUCCUUCCACGGAUCCUUUGGCGAGUGGGCCGACAGGAACAAAGGCAACGUCUACACCGAACAAGGUUUAGAAGCUCUGCAGCACCUGUGACCCGAACCCAGAACCGUUGCUUGCUCCGAUGAGCCGAACGCAGAAACGUGGAAACUCACAUGCGGCGGAGGGCGCCUGUCCACCAGUCCUCCUGGCCUUGUGCUGCUGCGUUGACUCGCGGGGGAUGCAUCGAAACAGAUUUGUGUGUGAGAUUCUUCCUGCAGGCAACGGAGUCACAAUCUGGAUCUGGGUAGCAAAUUGUGGUCCAUCCAGCCCAGCGCCGUGGAUUGCCCACCGGCCCUGAAGUAUUGACUUCUUCCGACUUGUGGGUCAACGUCACAUAACAAAUCUUUCCUUUAGUUCCCCUCCC